AGAUUCAAAAUUCUCAAUACCCUGUUUUUGUUCUUUAUUAUUAAGCUAAAUAUUCAGGUUUUUCUGUAUCAUUUGUUUUAAUUUUUUUUGUGGGGUUUACCAGCUUUCCUUAUAGUUUUCAUCAGCAUCUGUUCAGCAUUCGUGGUAUUAAGAAGAAUUGCUGCGAAUAAUCAGUUGUAAUUAACGAGUGCUGGUGCCUUGAGAACCCGGCUUCAUCACGGGCAUGUUGGCAGGAUGAGGAAUGAAAAGUAUAAGAUGUCGGCAUUAAAUGGUUUACACGAACCUUUGUUAGAUAACCACAGUUAUGAUGGCAGACAUUCUGAGGGGAAAACGCUAGCGGAUAUCUUGGAUGAGGAGCGAAGAGAUAAACAUUUACAUUGUUUGAUUUUGCUCUUUAACUUGAUCAUGCAAUGGAAACAAUGGAUAGCAAACAGUAUCCUUGGAUCCAUAGCAUUUAUUGCACAAUUUUUACCUCUACCUUCUAACAUCCAAAAUGGAUCAAACCAGACAUGUAUUGAGCCUGCACUUAAUCCUUUACAGGAAGCUAGGCUGAGAGGCCUUCAGCGAAGAUUGGGAGUUCCCUUUGAUGGAUCUCAGCUUGAGCAUCAAGAUGCUCUUAAGCAAUUAUGGAGAUUGGCUUACCCUGACAGGGAGCUUCCAUCUCUUAAAUCAGAGCUUUGGAAGGACAUGGGAUGGCAAGGUGCAGAUCCUUCAACAGAUUUUCGGGGUGGAGGAUUCAUAUCAUUAGAGAAUCUCAUCUUUUUUGCCAAGAAAUAUCCGCAAUCUUUUGGGAGGUUGUUGCACAAACAAGAUGGGAAUAGAUCUGAAUGGGAGUAUCCAUUUGCUGUAGCUGGUGUCAAUAUUUCAUUUAUGUUGCUACAGAUGUUGGAUCUGGAAUCAGAGAAACCAUCUUCCGGGGCUGGCAGACGAUUUUUGGAACUACUUGCGGAAGAUGAAAUGGCAUUCGACGAUCUUUAUUGUGUGGCCUUUCAGAUGUUGGAUGUGCAAUGGCUUGCGAAACAGGCUACAUACAUGGAAUUUAAUGCUAUUCUGAAGUCUACAAAAACACAAUUAGAGCAUGAACUCUCACUACCAAACGUCUCCAGUGUGAAGGAUUUACCGGCAUAUAGUCUGUUAAAAAGGUAACCAUCGUCUUCGAAUUUGAAACCGACAUUUGUUUUCUUCAUUUACAGAAUAAUUUUCAUGUAUAGUUCCUUCCAACGAAAAUUAUAUGAAUUCACUAUGAAAUUCAAGUAUAUUUCCGGAA